AACCUAUGAAGGAUCUAACUACCACUGAGCAAUAUAGUCCAUUUUCCAACGUCAUUCGUCAUCAACUCCAACCUGAACAGUUCUAAGGACUCUGACCUAAUCAUCGAAAGCAGUACAUGAGUUCUGCACUACAGACUGUUACUGCAGAGAAGGACCUACAGCUAUAGAUGUCACCCUAGGUCAUAAUUCAAGCUUGCUUAGCUUUCCUAUAGGAGACAUCACCAUCUGUAUCACUUCAUUAAUAUUGUGUGAAAUUGGACCUUAUUUCUGAAUUAACAUCUGAUUGUAGCUGUCAAGAGUGAUAUGACUGGUUGUGUUCAGCAUUACAGAUUUUUCAGGGUCAUCGAAUGUAUACCAAGACCUACAUGGCAACAUUCAGCAUAUGUCAUUCAAGUUCCAGGAUUUGGGCUACUUAAGAUUACCAUUUGCUACUACUAUGUAUUGGAAGAAGCUUACACAGUGCCAGCACACACUGAAGACACCUCAAGGUUUGAUCAAACCUUUUAUUAUCUGAAGAAUAUAAACAAAAUGAAGAGACAAGCUACACUGUUUAGUUUUUUCGAUUCAUCCAAAAAGAAAAAAACAAUACAGUCUCAGGAAUUGGACUUGUGUGUAAAUGACAUUAAUAAUAAUGUUGUAGCUAACACUGAGAAGGAUGCUGUUCUUAAUGAAAAUACUAUAUAUGAAAUUGACCAUGAAGUUCCAAUGGAACAGGUUGAUAGGCAUGAUAUUGAAAGUGUUGUUGGCAAUGAUGAUGGUACAGUUUCAGAUGUGUUAACAGUUGAAGAGGCAUGUACAAGCACUAUAUCAUGUUGGUCCAAAAAACAAUUUGAAUAUUUUAGCAAGUUGUUUCCAUGGAUCCAGGUUAAAAAUGGAAAAUUAGGUUGCAAUGUGUGUAGUAAGGUCAGAGGGUCUUUGGGAAUAGAAAAAGCUAAGGCAUGCCAUGUUUCAGAGGAGUGGAGUAACUUUUUAGUAAAACCAAGUGGCACCCUCAAAUUGAUUCAGCAGGCCUCUGUUCGCAAAAAAAUUAGAGAGCACAGUGUUUCUAAAUCUCACAAUAAAGCAGAGAAACUUCAGAAUACCGCCAAAAUUGGCAUAUUACCAACAGCAAUGGACAGGCUCAAUGAGAAAGCUAUAGCUGCGACAAUUCAUAUUUUUAAUAUAGUAUACAGUUUAGCUUUAAAUAAUAAGCCUAUGGCUGACAUAGAAGGAGAAGUUCAAUUGCAGAAAAUUAAUGGUGUGGAUGUUGGAGUAGGCCUUCACUCAAGGAAAACUGCCAUUACGAUAAUUCAACAUAUAUCCUCACAAAUAAGGAAGGCUUUAUUUUCUAAAAUUGCCAGUUGUAAGAGCAAAUUAUGUGUCAUAAUUGAUGAAUCCUCAACUGUGGCACAGAAAAGUGUUUUAGUCAUCUAUAUUCGUUGUGAGCUUUCAACACAUCAGGAUCCUGUCAAUGUAUUUGUGGAUCUUAAAGAGCUUGACUCAACCACUGCUGAGGUGAUAACUGAAACACUUUUCAACUGCUUAAGUGAAAAUGGAUUUGAUAAAGAUUAUUUACAAGAUAAUCUGAUAGGAUUUUGCUCAGAUGGUGCCAGUGCAAUGCUAGGUAGCAAGUCUGGGGUUGCAACUAGAAUUGUAAGAGAAUUUCCAAACAUAGUCAUAUGGCACUGUUUGAGCCACAGGGUUCAACUUGCUCUUGAUGAUGCAAUUAAUUCUGUAUCCCAAGUUAAUCACUUUAAAAUGUUCCUAGAAAAAAUAUAUAGCAUAUAUCAUGUAUCUAACAAACAUCAGUUAGAGCUUCAUAACAUAGCAGCAGAUCUAGAGUUGGAGAUAGUAAAGAUUGGUAGAAUCCUAGGUCCUCGGUGGGUGGCUUGUAGUGCUCGUGCUGCCAAGGCAGUAUGGAGAGCGUAUCCAGCUCUGUAUAAGCACUUUUCGAAUUAUAAGAAUUUCUUGGGAAUGAAGAAAAAAAUGGAAAACUUGUGUUUCCUAAAAGAUCUCGCUUUAAUGAUCGAAAUUCUUGAGGAGCUCUCCCUUUUAUCCCUUGCUUUACAAGACCGGGAUGUUUCUCUUGUCAAAGCAGACAGACUUCUUUGUCGGUGUAUUAGGGCCCUUAAAAACCUAAAAGAAAAUCCAGGGAAGCAUGAAGUUCAGAUUGAUACAAUGAUUAGAACAGAGCCAUUUAAAGAUAUUCCUUUCCAAGUGAGUGCUAAAAACACUGGUCUUCCAAGAGCACAGUUAAUUCAGAGCGUAAUAGACAAUAUGAAAAGUAGGUUGUUUUCCACUGCAAAUACAAGACAAAUGGACAGUGGUACAGUUGUCCAAAACGCAAGCCGCUACAAAAAGUUAUUGUCCUUGUUCUCUUUACUUGAACCCAAUUCUUGGCCAUCUGACCUCACACUAUCUCCGUGGCCAGAAGGGGAAUGUCAAUUAAGACAGUUAAAUGAACUGAUAAAAUGUAACAUUCCAAUUAAUGAUUUCCGGGAUUACAUAGACAACAGAUAUUUUUCAGAUUGCAGCCUGCCACCCUCUAUUCAACAAGCCAAGAAAAUUAUUCGGGUCAUAGCUGUCACACUGGAGAGUCCAGUAGAUCUAGCUGGUGAAGUGUACUGCAUGGCAUGUCUGGUGCCACCAGCACUGGAGAGUCCAGUAGAUCUAGCUGGUGAAGUGUACUGCAUGGCAUGUCUGGUGCCACCAGCACUGGAGAGUCCAGUAGAUCUAGCUGGUGAAGUGUACUGCAUGGCAUGUCUGGUGCCACCAGCACUGGAGAGUCCAGUAGAUCUAGCUGGUGAAGUGUACUGCAUGGCAUGUCUGGUGCCACCAGCACUGGAGAGUCCAGUAGAUCUAGCUGGUGAAGUGUACUGCAUGGCAUGUCUGGUGCCACCAGCACUGGAGAGUCCAGUAGAUCUAGCUGGUGAAGUGUACUGCAUGGCAUGUCUGGUGCCACCAGCACUGGAGAGUCCAGUAGAUCUAGCUGGUGAAGUGUACUGCAUGGCAUGUCUGGUGCCACCAGCACUGGAGAGUCCAGUAGAUCUAGCUGGUGAAGUGUACUGCAUGGCAUGUCUGGUGCCACCAGCACUGGAGAGUCCAGUAGAUCUAGCUGGUGAAGUGUACUGCAUGGCAUGUCUGGUGCCACCAGCACUGGAGAGUCCAGUAGAUCUAGCUGGUGAAGUGUACUGCAUGGCAUGUCUGGUGCCACCAGCACUGGAGAGUCCAGUAGAUCUAGCUGGUGAAGUGUACUGCAUGGCAUGUCUGGUGCCACCAGCACUGGAGAGUCCAGUAGAUCUAGCUGGUGAAGUGUACUGCAUGGCAUGUCUGGUGCCACCAGCACUGGAGAGUCCAGUAGAUCUAGCUGGUGAAGUGUACUGCAUGGCAUGUCUGGUGCCACCAGCACUGGAGAGUCCAGUAGAUCUAGCUGGUGAAGUGUACUGCAUGGCAUGUCUGGUGCCACCAGCACUGGAGAGUCCAGUAGAUCUAGCUGGUGAAGUGUACUGCAUGGCAUGUCUGGUGCCACCAGCACUGGAGAGUCCAGUAGAUCUAGCUGGUGAAGUGUACUGCAUGGCAUGUCUGGUGCCACCAGCACUGGAGAGUCCAGUAGAUCUAGCUGGUGAAGUGUACUGCAUGGCAUGUCUGGUGCCACCAGCACUGGAGAGUCCAGUAGAUCUAGCUGGUGAAGUGUACUGCAUGGCAUGUCUGGUGCCACCAGCACUGGAGAGUCCAGUAGAUCUAGCUGGUGAAGUGUACUGCAUGGCAUGUCUGGUGCCACCAGAAUCCGACAUGGGAUUCAGCCAGUUCCCUCAGGUGCUCCAGAUUCGGUUGUUAAAAUUACAGCGGCAGCAGGAGAUGAGCGCUUCAAUUCCAGAGUUUAGCUCCUAA